UUCUGUGUAUGUACUAUACAGUGAGACGUUGAAGGUCUAACAUCAAAAUCAGUUAUCUUUCUAUCAAUCUACCAAAUUUGUUUCUUUGGAUUUUCAAUUAAUUAAUUAAUUAUAUUCUUUACCUUCUCUAUAUUUUACUGUGUCAGUGUUCAAUAAUUCAUGAAUCCAUGUGAUUAGUGAUCUAUAAUUUUUUAAAGAAAAUCCUUCUCAUUGUGUGUCUGUGAUCAUCUAUGUACAGUAUAAAUGUAAACAAAGGAGAUUUUGUUACUUUUCUCUUUCUCUCUUUACUCUGAAAGUCUUUUCAUCUAUACAACUCUCAAUUGCUGAUUAUAAUUAAUGAUUGUGUUUAUUUUAACGCUUCUAACAUCUAGUUCAAUCACUGACAGAGACGUAUCUUAUGAUUGGAAUUGGUAGUCAAAUGAAAUAAUAAAACAUUUGGUGAAAAAAUACUAAAAAAAAGUCCUCGCUUGUAUAAUUUGUGUGUGUUUACUUGAGAUUGUUUACAACCUUACUGGAAGAUGGCAGUCAGCAAUUGUGUUGUCAUUUGCUGUGUGUAUUCUUUACUUUAAUCAAAUUUAGUUGAUCAACCACUAGUAAUACUGACUUUUGUACUGUUUUACGACCCUAUUGAACAGUCAUCGACCAUUACCAUAAAAGUUGACCGGAUUUGUUUGGAUAAAUUAAACCAUCUUCUACAUUUUCAACGUAUUUCACUCCUUUAUUAGAGAUGGUAACAUCUGAAAGACUCUUAGCUCAAUCACUCCUUUUGGAAUCAAAGCAAAUGGCCGAGCAAUCUUCAACAUCAUCUUCAUCUUCAUCAUUAUUGUCCUCAUUACAAUCAUCAUCUGUGAAUAGUUCAAAUCAUAGUCCUAAUCUGGUAGACGUUGAUCUUAAAUGCUCUUUUUAUAAUGAAACUGUAUGUGCAACUGGAAAUUGUAACACCGAUUCAAGUGUUGUCAAAUGCGCACAAGAUUUAACCAACACUGGUAGUGAGAAAUAUUGUUAUAGUCUUUGGUCCAAUUCAUCUAGUGCCGGUGAAAUCACAAUUAAAUACAAAGGUUGUUUAACAGGUCAUAACUAUGAUUGUACCAAUAGUACAAAAUGCAUCGCUUCACGAGUCUACAAAGGAAUUUAUUUUUGCUGUUGCAGUGAAGAUCUGUGUAACAAUGAUGUUUAUCUCCUUUCUGAUUUACAUGAAUAUUCUCCUCAACAAUCAAAACCAACAGAAAUACCUGAAUCUGGCUCAAUUUGGACAUGGUCUUAUACAUUAGCGCCGCUGUUAGUGCUGAUAUUUGCAAUAUUGAUUGUGCUUUACUAUUUUUGGUUUAAAAAGAGAAAAGGCUUGGCACGUUCAAAAAGAUAUUGUGAAGAUGAAGAAAGUGUUCCAAUCACUAACCAAAUGAAUGGACUUGGUAAUUGUACAAAUAUGAUUAACGGGAAUUUAAGUGCUGGUGGAAAUUUAAAUGCUAGCAAAGAAAAUGGAAACAGAACAAUACAUCUAAUUGAAAAAUUGUCAACAGGAAGAUUUGGUUCUGUAUGGAAAGCAAAGAUGUUUUAUAAUAAUAAAGACGAUGUAAUGAGGGAAGGAGGAACAAGAAGAAUUGAUGAAAUUAAAGUUGAUGAAAUAGAAGGAGAUAAUUUAAUCACAACUACUGAUUAUGAGGAGAAAAAUAAUUAUCAAAUAGUUGCUGUUAAGGUAUUUCCACCACAUGAGAGGUCAUCAUGGAUAAUUGAACAGCUCGUUUUCAAAACACCGCAAAUUGAACAUGAAAAUAUUUUACGUUUUAUUGGUUCAGAGAAAAGAGAUGAUUCAAAUAACGUGCCUUUAUCUGCAUCUCCAUCUGGAUUCUGGUUAAUAACAGAGUAUCACGAGCUUGGUUCUUUAUGUGAUUAUUUAAAACAAAAUACUGUAAAUAUUGAUGAACUUUUAAAAAUAAGUAUCGGAAUGGCUGCUGGAUUGAAUCACCUGCAUUACGAGAUACCUGAAAAUAAAAGUGACAUUAUUAACAACAUUGGAAAUAUUAACAAUGGUUCAAAUAGUUCAAAUGGAUUCAAUAGUGAUAAUGGAGAUGUAAAUUACAACAUGAAACCAUCAAUAGUUCAUCGAGACUUUAAAUCACGCAAUGUUUUACUGAAGCCAGAUUUAACUCCUAGGAUUGCUGAUUUUGGUCUGGCAUUAAUAUUUUAUCCUAACCGCACUCCCGCAGGACUUGGACAAGUAGGAACACGUCGAUAUAUGGCACCAGAAGUAUUAGAAGGAGCAAUAAAUUAUUCCCAAGACUCACUUUAUCGUAUUGAUAUUUAUGCUCUUGCUCUUGUUUUAUGGGAAUUAGUAUCAAGAUGUCGAUUAUCCAAUGAUAUUGGUGCCAAAAGUGAUGAAAAAGAUGAUGAUCUUAAGGAUAAUUAUUAUAAAGUACGCGAUUAUAAAUUACCAUUUGAAGAGGAAGUAGGACAUAAUCCAUCCUUAGAGGAUAUGCAAGAAGUUGUUUGUCAAGAAAAGAAAAGGCCAAUAAUCGAGAAACAAUGGUUAGAUCAUCCAAUUUUGAAGGUGAUUUGUGAAACGAUUGAAGAAUGUUGGGAUCAAGAUGCAGAGGCAAGGCUUUCUGCCAGUUGUAUAUUGGAAAGAUUGACGAUUCUGGCAAGAAACCGAGUAAAUACCAGAGUAUAACUACAAAGAUUUUUUCGUCUUUUACUCUUUUCUUGUUUCUUUCUAUCUCUCUAUUUCAUCAUCAUCAUCACCAUCAACAUCAACAACCAUUACAACCACAACCACAACCACAACAAAAACAAAAACAACAAAAAAAAGUACAUCAGCAGAUUUUGCUUAAUCAACAAACUCUCUGAAAUAAAUAAGUUAAAGACUCAUUUAAAAGCGAAGUACAGUUACAAGAGCUGAGACAUAAUUUGUGAAAAAGUAAGGGUUCUCCAAGUAUGUUUCGCGUUGCAUUUCUUCUCAACACAUUCAUCUUUCCAUCAACGCUUAUUCAUCAUAUUUCAUCUCAACAUAAUCUGAUUCGAUUCAUCUUUUUAUCUCAUGACAAACACAUCUCGCUCACAUAUUCACUCACACUGAGUAUUUCACUUUUAUUACUCUCACUGGCAUUCACAGGAAAUUAUUCAGAAUUGACCUCAUUCUAUUGAUUAAUGCUUCAAGAUUCUUUUCUUACAAUGUUAGCUGUGGUACAUAACGCAAACAUGAACGUGAACAUUUAAGGUCUCAUGGUUACUAUAUUUCAUAUUGAAUCAACAAAAACAAAGCCAUGUAUUUUAACUGAUUUGUAUCUCAACCUUUUCUGUAAACCAUCAUCAAUCGCAACCGUAAAACCAGCUUAAAACUUGGCCUUACAAUCUUCAUCUUGUGCGUUCAACUAUAUAAGCACAAUGCAUACAUAUAUUUUAUAACAUUUGCUUACUAAAAAAUAUUACGUCGUCAUUCGCUCCAUAGUUUUAAUCUUCAUCAUCAGUUUCCUAUUUUGUUCAGUUUUAUCAAUAUCUUCUCCAGUCAAUGAUCUCACUCAUUCAAAAUGUUGCAUGUAAUUUAUUACUUCAAUGUAAUGCUUAUAAUGGCUUUAAUGACUUUUCGAUUUUUCCUUUUUUGUCAGCUUUCUUCUUCUUCUUUUGAAUCAACCACCAAACUUUGGAUCGUUUAUUGUUACAGAUUACCGCUUAUUAGCUAAUGGAAACAGCUUGUAUAAUAAUUUAAGUUGAUACAUGUAGCCAUAAUUUGUAAAAUAUGAUUUGUUAAACUUACAAUAAUGAUAAAACAACACUAAAUACAAGUCCAACUUCUCACAA